ACUAAAAUCUGCUGUUUUUUUUUUUUUUUUUAAUUUAAGCAGGAGGAGGGGACACUGAACGCGCUGAACCUCCGCGCGCGCUUUUGUUCACUUCUGUCUCCUCGCGACCAGCGGAACGCGCGCGCCGCUUGUUUUUAUUCCACGCUCUUCUUUUUUGUCUCUCGCGCGCGGAUCACUAAGACGUAAAAGUCAAACACAUACACGCGUUUUUUUUCCCGUUUUUUUUUCUUCUAACGAAACUGAAACUAUCCACAGCUUCAGAAGCCGCCGCGGUUUUUUAAUUGAUGUUAUUUUUAUUUAUUUUUUAUUUUUUUCACCUCACUGACGGAACAACGACGGAGCGUCUGCACCGAGAACCGGCGCUCAGUCUGCUAGCUUCGUCGGCUAGCUCACAUUCCUGUGCACUUUAAGACGCUGGGAAUCUAGGAAACAAGGAUGUUGACAGAGUGUCGUGUGUCUGGGCUUCAGUCUCUCUUGACUGUGUUUCUGCUUGUCACUCUGGAACACGAUAUGGUAUGGGGUGAAACUGUAGUGAACAUGCGGAAAGUGACUCACCAGGUAGAAAAGAUACCUCUGUCAGAGACUGCUCUGCUGCCCUGCAUCUUUACUCUACGGCCCAACCCAUCUCAUGAAACUCAUGACACUCCACGCAUUAAGUGGACCAAAAUCUGGGGCCACCGUGGGCUUGAUGGGCUGCAGAGGGAGCAGUCUGUAUUGGUGGCAAAAGGCAAUGUUGUGAAAGUGAAGAAGGCUUUUCAGGGACGUGUCACCCUGCCUGGCUACACAGAAAACCGCUACAAUGCCAGCCUGGCUCUGGCAGGCCUGAGAUCCAGCGACUCGGGCAUGUACCGCUGUGAGGUAGUGGUGGGCCUUAACGACGAACAAGACACAGUGCCUCUCCAGGUCGUAGGUACGGUGUUCCACUACCGAGCCCCUCACGACCGCUAUGCCUUGUCAUUCGUUGAUGCUAAGCAGGCAUGUGUAAAAAACUCUGCAGUGAUCGCAACACCUGGGCAGCUGCAGUCUACUUUUGAUGAUGGUUAUGAUAACUGUGAUGCAGGCUGGCUCUCUGACCAGACUGUGAGGUAUCCCAUCCAAUCUCCACGACCUGGCUGCUUUGGAGACCGGGAAGACUCACCUGGUGUGAGAAACUAUGGCAAUCGUGACACUGAUGAGCUGUUUGAUGUGUAUUGCUUUGCGGAGAGCCUCAGAGGUGAAGUGUUCCAUACCAGCAUACCAGAUAAGUUGAGUCUGUCCACAGCUUCCACUCACUGUCACACAUUAGGCGCUCAGCUAGCCACAGUGGGGCAGCUUUACUUGGCUUGGCAGGCUGGACUGGACCGCUGUGACCCAGGCUGGCUGGCUGACGGCAGUGUUCGCUACCCCAUCAAUCAACCACGACGCAAUUGUGGAGGCGAUGAGCCAGGAGUACGCACCCUCUACCAUAACCCUAACCGCACUGGAUUUCCUGACAGUGCCAGCCUCUUUGAUGCCUACUGCUACAGAGAGAAUCAGCCAGAAGCAAUGGCACUUGUGCAGACUUCUUCAAGCUCAAACUCCACAGGUGACUGGGAACAACUCCAGCAGAAUGGAGGCUUUCCUCACCCUUCCACCUGGACUGGACUGGUAGAUCUGGAUAAGGAAGAUUUUAAUUCUAUUGCAGACAACGAGUCCUCUGAAAUAUCAGGAGAGCAUGUAGUAAUCCAUCUCAGGUCUAAAGAGAUGCCAGUGGGUCAGGAAAUACCUGUGUCCAAUGAUCAGCCUCUGCAUGUCCUGGAGCUCAAUGGGGGUUCAGCAAGAGAGGAAUCUGAUGAAAGAGAAGUGACUGAGGACCAUAGACUGUCUCUUGAGCCCUCAGUGACCACAGCGUCCUCACCCACAGAGACUCAAACUAGCAACAACAUGCUCUUUAACUUUGUUGAAUCCAUCAUGAGGCCCUGGAAAUACUGGAAAGGCAAUGGAGAGACAGUUGCCCCUUCAAUGGUGUCAAGUGUAUUGAAGGAGACAUCAGAAGAAUUCCAGACAACCAGGGUGAAGCCAGGGGGUGAGCUUAGAGGGACAAAAGGAAGUAUUGAUAAUGCAAUCUUGGAGCCUGAGAGUAUGCCAACUACUCCAUCCACACUAUAUUCAGAGGAAGGACUUUUAGAGCAGGAGAAAGAGAUGGUUCUCUCAGUACCAGUAACUGAGCUGAAGAAUCCUAGCAAACUACACCCUGAACCUUCAGUUUCACAACCAACAGCAUACAGAGGACUAAUUGCAACAGGACGGAUGAAGGUGAUGAAUCCCACAGCUGCAACGAGUCUCUUGGGCUCCAGAAGCAGUUUUGGCUCCAUGCGAGUGGGGCAGGAAUGGGCACUCCAGUCUCUAAGUGUAUACGCUACUCCAAGCAGUAAUGGGAUCCUUACAACCCAGACCAGUGGACCUGUUGAAACUAAACAAGAGGCAAUGGAGAUCAUGACCAUCCCAGUCAUCGGGGACAACCAUGAGAACUAUUCUGGGGAAGGCAAGGAUCAUAUUGAAGAGAGUUACUCACUGCCAAAGUUGUCUACAUCACAGUCCUCUCCACAAACAGGGAUUUCAGAAGAGGAGAACGAUACUGAGGUGAGUGGAGGAAAUGAAUUAUUUAUCAUCAGCAGUCCAACAAAACAGGGUACUCCGGAGGCCUCUGAAGUACAAAAUGUUCUCAUACAAACGACAGUACAGUGGGAGCUCCUACCUCUACCAUCUAGACAGCCUUCUCACAGUCCCAGUGUCUCCAAAGACACCAUGGGUCCUGAGGAGGCCAGGGGGGAGAUCCUCUACAUGCAUCAUACUACAGAAAAAUCUGGGAGCAUUCCCUUUAAAACGAUGAAAGUGCCUUUGGUCAAGAAGAAAAUGAACCCAAACACACCCAGUGCAUCCGAAACCCUUUAUACUGAUGUGGCAAUCACUUCAGAACUCACCACAAAAGCUUCAAGUACAACUGACCAAAUGCCAGGUACCAGUACCAUGACAACCAUUAACAGUCAUAUUCAAAAUACAGACACAAGCACUUCUGGAAAUAUUGUGUCCGCUACAGAUCCUACAAUAUCUGUUACUUGGGUACCAGUGGUUCAAGAAGAAACUCAAGAACCACAGACACAUGUGUCUACAGUGACUGAUGUAAGACUUGAGACUACGAGUAACACGGUUAUACUGACCACACAUGCGGAGGAAACAUCCCAACAGACAGAGAGUAAACCAGCUCCUACCACAGGAAGCACAAGUGGAGAUAACACAAGCAAAACUGGAGUCGACUAUGAAAACAACUCUGCACCUUCAUCGGAGGAGGAGCCUUGCCAGACGAACCCAUGUCUGCAUGGGGGGAGCUGCUUGAGAGAAGGAGAAGGGUACAGCUGCCUCUGCCCUCUGGGAUACUACGGAGAGAGCUGUGAGAUUGAUAUCGAUGAAUGUCAGUCAAAUCCAUGUCAGAAUGGAGGCACCUGCAUUGAUGAGAUCAACUCUUUUGUAUGCCUGUGUUUACCCAGCUAUGGAGGAGCCACGUGUGAAAAAGACACUGAGGGUUGUGAUCAUAACUGGAGGAAGUUCCAUGGUCAUUGUUACAGAUACUUUACUCACCGACUCAACUGGGAAGAUGCUGAGAAAGAUUGCAGAGAGCACAAUGGCCAUCUGGCUAGCAUUCACACCAGAGAAGAGCAGGACUUUAUCAACGGUAUGAGCCAUGAAAACACUUGGAUUGGUCUGAAUGACAGAACAGUGGAGGAAGAUUUCCAUUGGACUGAUAACAUGGACCUGCAAUAUGAGAACUGGAGGGAGAACCAGCCUGAUAAUUUCUUCGCGGGAGGAGAGGACUGUGUGGUGAUGAUCGCCCAUGAGAAUGGCAAAUGGAAUGACGUGCCCUGCAACUACAAGCUGCCCUACAUCUGCAAGAAAGGCACAGUGCUGUGUGGCCCACCACCCCUAUUGGACAAUGCUUUCCUGAUUGGCCGCAAGCGUUCACACUAUGAUAUCCAUUCAGUUGUGCGUUAUCAGUGUGCAGACGGGUUCCUCCAGCGCCAUAUUCCCACCACCAAGUGCCGUGCCAGUGGUAAAUGGGACCAUCCCAAAAUCCUCUGCACAAAAUCUCGGAGAUCCCAUCGCUACAGGCGCCAUCAUCACAAGUCUCAUCACGAGCGCAGAAAGCACAAGAAACAUGGCUCAGGCGGGCAUCGGGGUAGACAAGAGGGUCAUGGCCAUUUCUAAACCCAUGCCUCUAUGUCCCAGUGAGGUUCUCCUAGUUCCUGCACUGUCUAAAACAUUCUGUUUUCUUCAUCAGCCUUUAUCGCUCAAACCUGUGAUCAGAGGGUCAGUGUUAGACCCCACAUAGACUAUAAUGACUACAAUGUUUAUUUUUUGCUUUUUUUUUUUGUUAUCGUUUUUUUUUUAUCUACUUUUUUUGACAGCUUCACUCUCAUAAUCUGUCAAUUAUUUUGCUAUAACUACACUCAUUGGGAGUUCAUUCAUACUCCUAAGGGUGGAAAACCCUUUUUGGUUUCUGUACUGUACUUUGACAUUAACAGGUAUCGCAACUUAACAAAAAUUCUGAUUAGGUUGUAGUGAUUUCAUUAAGAGGAUCUAAGUUCAUUUGAUUUAGAAAGAAUGCUUAGCAUUGUUUUGACUUAGUGUAUAAAAUCUUUUACCACAGUGGCAAAACAGAGGAAUCUUUUUUCAACUUUCUAAUUCAAAGGUCAACUAAAUAAAUUAAAGGAUAGUUGGGCCAGAAGUCAGUUAUAUUAGCUGCACUAUUCAACAUUUACAUUUUUUAACAUGUACCGAAUAACUCCUAAACAGGUAUUAGCCAAAAUUAGCAUGAUAUAAGUAAUCACACUGCACAUUUGACACAUUCAAUAAACCAAGAAUAGACAGUGUCUAAUUUCCCAAAAGCAUUUAAAUUUUAAGAUCAUAUUAACUGGUACAGAGUGUUUUAAUGUGACGCUCCAACAUUCGGAUACUUUUAGUAUACAGAUCAGAAUUAUUCAUGCAACCGGUCAUUUAUCGUGUCAUAGUACAAUGCCUUUAACCUGUCAUUUCUUUAUUGCCUUAACAAUUUAUUGAAUUUAUCACACAACACUAAUCGAUUUCCUGACGAUUUUGAGUUCUGAGGUGACACACUUCUAAUUAUGCUAUUAUGCUAUUUGGUGAAUUGAUCAUUCAUAAUUUAAAUGGUAAAAGUAGCUGUUAAUUUAAGGCCAAAUGAUUUUUUUCCCCACUGAUUGUUAGAGAAUUGUUAUGUGACUAGUUGUAUGAAAGCAUGAAAGUUCUAAAAGUGAAAGACAGACAAUGAAAGGUUGAUGGAACACAUACACAUUUAACUCUACCCUAUUUUAACCACCGACUUGUGUCAUUCUUUAAGUAAUGCUCUGUACCUGUAAUUAGCUCCUCAGUUCGAAUGAGAUAGUUCAGGACUGAAUUAAAGAGAUCACUACAAAGCAGUAAACACAGACGAUCUCAUGCCAGAUACAAAUGCAUGCCAAAGUGGCUUCUGGUUUAAUUGUUCAGUUGUAUAGGGGAAUCAUUCGACUCUGAGCUACACUUAAGGUCAUUUAGUAAAAGCUGUCUAGAGAGGCAUGUAAGGAAAAAGACUCGCCACAAGAGACUCAACAUUUGUGUUUCUAAUCGAAGCGUACUAGAGGCUCAUUGUGGUUUGGAUAACUUUUCAGCUCUUUUUUUAAGGACCAGGUGCGUGUCCUGUUUUUUAAACGUGGCUGCAGCAGCUGACUGGAAUAAGAUCUGCACCGGCUCUCUGUCUUUCUCUCAUGCUUACCACAAAAGAAAAAGGCCAUGCUUUCAUACGUUGUCCCCAGUAUGCCAGCACUGCUUGUGCUUAUCUCUCCCCCUCUGUCCUAACUCAAUUCCUCUAGAGAUUAGACUUUCCACUUUGCGUUCUCUUUGCUCGUCUACACGGCUGCCUUUAUUCAGCUUGUCAGUGAAAAGGACGUGUGCAGGGUGAUGAAAAAAGCAUGCUUUUUCAUUCUCAAGCAUGCUUAAUUAGUGCUUAUCUUUUCAUCAUCCGUUUUUAAUUGAUGGCGUAAUGGACAUUUAAACAGUGGCUCAUCCCAGUGACUUUUAGAUGUUAGUUUAUGACAUGUUUUGGGGAAAUAUCAGCCUUGCAUUUGGUGAUUCUAAAACUGACAUUCUCAAAGCCAUUAUGUACUGUAGAAUGAAUUAAACCACAUACAGAAUUUUUAAGAUUCUGGUUCUAUUGAAAUUUGUCAGACUCGACCACUAGUGGAAACACUCUGUGAUUUACAUUUCCUUCACAUUGUGUCAUAUAAAUAGCUUAAAACUCUUUAUAGAACCAUAAAGGCGAGUCAGAUGAUUAACAGCAGGCUGAAGUGUGACUCAUAAUUAUGAAAAUGAGUCUCUGAAUGGAGGAUGCUCGUAGCUGUUUGUUGGAGAGUGUUUUUCAAAGCUCUAAGAUUUAGCUGAGGCUUCCUGGGGGCAACACUUCUGACUAAUUACUACGGAGCUAUCGAAAUCCCAGAUGGUUCUGGGGCAGCAUCACAAACUAGUUAGGUUUCUGGAUCAUGGCCCCAUUUAAGGAACAUUUGUUUCCUAUGAAAUAUGAAAUUUAAACCAUGCAUAAACAGACAGCAGCUUUUUCAAAGGUCUUAGUUUAAUAUUUGCUAUCAAAAUGUCCAGAAGUGCACACUGUAAGACAUGUACCUCUUUGUAUUUAUAUUGUAGGUGUUUAAAAGGAGGGCAGGAGCAAGCUAAGGGAAUUGGGGUGUCCUUUAUUCUGUCUAGACUCCACGUUAGAGUUGCACAUCUAUCAUCUGCCGACUAUGCCACUUGGAAUGAGCAGUGUAUGAAGCUUAUCUCCUUCUCAUUAUAUUAUGUUUGGGGUUUCUGGAUCUAUGGUUUUAUAAAGGGGGAUGUUACAUGAUGAGGAAGAGGAGUGAAACCUAAAUGGCACAGUUAGUUCCAAAGGUUUGUCAUGUUUAUUUUUGGAAUUUGCCCAAUACUAAGCAGAAGAAUCAUAGACAAUGACAAUUAUCAGUAUUAUAAUUGGCAUAUGCACUGUGUGCUUUGCCACAGAUCUCUCAGACUGUCACAGAGACUGUGCAAGCACAGACUCCCAGCAGUGCUAGUUGACUAAUCACCGUCACAGAUGAGUGUAGAGGUUGUUAAUCAAAGCACAGAUUUAGCUUUUAGUUAUUGUACAUAUUUGACUUCAAGACCCGGUUCAUUUCGUCAGUAUCCGAUUUAGUCUCAAAUGACUCUUUACAUUAGCUUUUGUUCUCUUUGGAAUCAUGCAAUUUUUUCAGUGAGGUGCUCUAAUUGUUUUUUUAACCCAUGUAGAGUUUUGUCUUAAUCCACAUGUAGAACAAUUUAGUAAAUUAGUUUUUAGAAGCUUUUUUUCUGAAAAGAGAAGGUUUGGCUCAAGCAUGAGUUUAGUUGAAACACCAGCCACCAUUCUGAUGAUGUAUAAAGCUCUGCUGCACCUUUCCUCACCUCUGUGUUGUACAUAAACUGUAUCUUUGUACUUUUCAUUUACGGUCAUUUCUGUUUUUUUCUAAUGAAAUCUGGAUGUGUUUAUUACUUAGAGUUCUGGAUCACAGUCACACAGUCUGACCUACAAUACCACCCAGUGUAAACUAAACGAACAAAUUGGGGACAAUUUUAAAAGUAACUUAGCAGAGAGAAACAUUUAACCUCUUGAAACAGGUUUCUUUUUUCUCUAGUGUUAUUUCUCUGUUCUAGCUACUGAUGUUGAGUCAGGCUGUGUGAAUGUGCUCCGUGUGUAUUGAUCGGUAUUUAGGUGUUCUGAUGAAUUCUAGUCCUGUCGUUGUAUCACAUUCUUUAUCUGACAAAUGAUCGAUUAAAAUCAUUUGGCUGGAUCAGUACAGCUCUUA